UGUAGCACUGACGUGACGGUGAAAGUCUGAGAACUAUGGAGGUGCCGCCAUGUCACUGUGACGCCGGAUGCGCCGGGAUCUGGUGCAGGUGAUGCUCGCUGCUUGCCUUCGCGCAUCGCCAGUACCCGGGCUCGAGCGGUCGAGCGGGUCGAGUCGAUUCGAGUCGUCGCGUGGUCAAGCUUCAGGAUGUGCUGCUAUCUGCUCGAAUCUACAGCUGAUCGUGCGCAGGGUGCUGCAGCUGGACAUCAGCAGAAUGGACGCAGUGGCACCCAUAGAGCUCAUCAAGCUGCCUUCUGCGGCCAUCCUAGCAGCAGAGAGCGUACACACGCUCGAAGAAGCCACCCCGCGAGCCUCGCCAGAAUUGGAAGAGCCGCCCGCGUUCGAAGCGCUUCAAACGCACGCCGUCGCCGAUCACACCCUCCCGCCCAUCGAUGGAGGAGCGCAAGCUCACAUCUUCUUGCUGUACAGCUUCGUCUUCGAAGCCGUCCUGUGGGGCCUACCUGCUUCCUACGGUGUCUUCCUCGACGCUUAUCUGAGGACAGAGCUCGCGGAUGGGCCCAACGCGCAGACACUGCUCGCACUCGUCGGCACGAUCAGCACGGGUAUCAUGUACAUCGUCUCGCCCUUUGCGCUCGUCUACGUCAACAGCUAUCCCAAGCUACGCCGUCUCAAUCUCUGGGCGGGCGUCGCUCUUUGCUCUGGAUCUUUGCUUGCCGCGUCAUUCUGCAAUGCCCCGUGGCAGUUGAUACUCUGCCAAGGCGUGGGUUACGCUAUCGGUGGAUCGCUCGCCUACUUCUCCAUGUUUGUGCGUGACCCGGGCUUCGGUUGCAGGCUUGUGUCUCACAACCCAGAGCAGGCCUUUCUGUGCGAGUGGUAUGUCGCAAAGAGGGGCAUGGCCAACGGCGUCACCUUCUCGGGCGCGGGCGUGGGCGGUCUCGUCUUUCCGCUCCUCAUCAACGCGCUCAUCAAGAAACUGGGCAUCCACACGACUCUCCGCGCUCUUGCGGCCAGCGUGUUCGCCAUCUUGGGUCUCAUCGUGCCCUUCAUGCACGGUCGACUGCCACUCGUCAAACGGUCCCAAAAGGUGCCCACAACGCAAGGCAGCCUCAUGUCGAACUUGCCACUUCGAGAUGUGUCGGUCUGGCUCGCCGUCCUUGCCUGUGCUUUCCAGGCACUGGGCUACUUCUGCUGGAUGAUCUAUCUGCCCACCUAUGCAAACGCCAUCGGUCUGUCGACAGGAGCAGGCUCUGCAACGCUCGCUGCACUCAAUGCUGCUGCCAUACCUAGCCAAUUCGGUCUGGGCGCUCUGAGCGAUCGACACGAUCCUCACAUGCUUGCCAUCACCAACCUCAUCUUCACUGCCGCGCUCGUCUUUCUGCUUCUGGGCGCCUCACUGUCAUUCGCACCCCUGCUCAUCUUCUCGCUCCUCUACGGCGCCAAUGCGCCUGGGUAUAGCAGUCUCUUUACAGGCCUUGCGCGCGUAGGCGCUGACGAGAACAACGCUCGCGUCACGCUCUUCGGUGUCUUCACAGCAGCACGCGGGCUGGGCUCCAUUCUGACUGCGCCUCUUUCUGCCGCCUUGCUCAAGACCGACUCUCCCGCCCUGCGAUGGCGGGCGUAUGGCGUGCCAGGCUUCGGCACAUUGAUCGUCUUCUCGGGCAGCAUGUUCCUGGCUGCCGCUCUCGCCGAGUUUGCAAGCAAGCAGAUCCAGAUCUAUCAGCGUAAGACAAAGGCGCUCAGCAGUCGGUCCGAAUGAGCGAGACUGUCGACGCUCUGUCAGCAACAACGAAUCACGAGACAUGAAGCCCUACAUACCCUUGUUGAUGAGACCCAUUAGACGUACGAUU